UCUUGGGGGUGGGUGCGGGCCGGAGGCGACCGAUCCUUUCAGAGCCGGGCCGAGGUGAAGGAAAAGCUGGAGUGGACUUUCUGUUCCGGGAGAACAUCCAAGAUGUGCUAUCUGCGCUGCCCAAUCCUGAUGACUACUUCCUCCUGCGCUGGCUCCGAGCUUGGAGCUUUGACCUGCAGAAAUCAGAGGACAUGCUGAGGAAGCAUAUGGAGUUCCGGAAGCAACAAGACCUGGCCAACAUCCUUGCCUGGCAGCCCCCAGAGGUGGUCAGGCUGUACAACGCUAACGGCAUAUGCGGCCACGACGGUGAGGGCAGCCCUGUCUGGUACCACAUCGUGGGAAGCCUGGACCUCAAAGGCCUCUUGCUCUCGGCCUCCAAACAGGAGUUGCUCAGGGACAGCUUCCGGAGCUGCGAGCUGCUCCUGCGGGAGUGUGAGCUGCAGAGUCAGAAGCUGGGGAAGAAGGUGGAGAAAAUCAUAGCUAUUUUUGAUCUCGAAGGGCUGGGCCUGAGGGAUCUGUGGAAGCCAGGAAUAGAGCUUCUCCAGGAGUUUUUGUCAGCACUCGAGGCAAAUUACCCUGAGAUCUUGAAGAGUUUAAUUGUUGUGAGAGCCCCCAAGCUAUUCGCCGUAGCCUUCAACCUGGUCAAGUCUUACAUGAGUGAAGAGACACGCAGGAAGGUGGUGAUUCUCGGAGAAAACUGGAAGCAGGAGCUGACAAAAUUCAUCAGCCCCGACCAGCUGCCUAUGGAGUUUGGGGGGACCAUGACUGACCCCGAUGGCAACCCCAAGUGCCUGACCAAGAUCAACUACGGGGGUGAGGUGCCCAAGAGCUACUACCUGUGCAAGCAGGUGAGGCUGCAGUAUGAGCACACGAGGUCCGUGGGCCGCGGCUCCUCCCUGCAGGUGGAGAAUGAGAUCCUGUUCCCGGGCUGUGUGCUCAGGUGGCAGUUUGCUUCAGAUGGUGGGGACAUCGGCUUUGGGGUUUUCCUGAAGACCAAGAUGGGGGAGCGGCAGAGUGCUAGGGAGAUGACAGAGGUGCUGCCCAGCCAGCGCUACAAUGCCCACAUGGUGCCUGAGGAUGGGAUUCUCACCUGCCUCCAGGCCGGCAGCUAUGUUCUGAGGUUUGACAACACCUACAGCCUGGUUCAUUCUAAACGCAUCAGCUACACCGUGGAGGUACUGCUCCCAGACCAAACCUUCAUGGAGAAGAUGGAGAAAUUCUAGGUGAACCUCAUGGUCCCCACACCCUCCUCUUUGAUCUCUGAAUCCACAAUGAGUUCACAGCCUUCCCUGACCAGACCCUGUUCAACCUCUCAGGAACAGGGAUUCUACAACAGCAGGUCACAGCCUAUGCAUCACAGCUGGCCCACUCCUCAGGAACGGCUGGGACAGUGUCCUAGUGGUGGCCCGAUGGUCACAGCAAAGCAACACAAACACUCCAUCCCCACUAUGACCUGCUGUGACCUCAAGCUCAGCAAAAACCCCAGGCUUUUUUCUAUCAACCAAUACCAAGAAAUAAGUUACUCUUCUAAAAUAUAGUAUUAGGCCAGGCAUGGUGGCUCAUACCUGUAAUCCCAGCACUUUGGGAAGCCAAAGCGGGCAGAUCAUUUGAGGUCAAGAGUUCGAGACCAGCCUGGCCAACAUGGUGAAACCCUCAUCUCAACUAAAAAUACAAAAAUUAGCCAGGUGUGAUGGUGCCUGCUUGUAAUUCCAGCUACUUGGGAGGCUGAGGCAGGAGAGUCGCCUGAACUUGGUAGGCAGAGGUUGCAGUGAGCUGAAAUCAUGCCACUGCACUCCAGUCUGGAUGACAGAGUGAGACUCUGUCUCAAAAAAAUAAAAUAAAAUAAAAUAGUAUUAAUAGGAAAUUUGAAAUAUAGUAUAGCUGACAGAUCAGGAAAUAAUUACCAUUGAAAAGAUAGUUUAUUACUCACAGUUCCCAACAGGAGGGGCCACUGUGCCAUAGGGGGAAGAGGAGGGGUCCGCAGGGAGGCAUCAGGGCCGAACAUGAUGCACAUGAGACAGAAAAACUCUGGACAAAGCAACUUUACUUUUAUGAUGGUUUCUGCAGGAAGGAACUGGUGAGGCAGGGUAAGCAGGCUUGAGAUUUGCUAGUUUGAAUAAUUUCAGCAGGCUCCGUGGAAUAGGGGCUGUCACUAGCUGUCUGGUAUCUUGCCCUGGGGUGAUUACAGCAGGUGGAUAGUGGCCUGGAGCAUGAGAAUCUGAUAAAGGAGGUAGUUGGAAUAUGGUUUAUAUCAGUUGGUUUGCAUUCGAGAAGUGCAUUUGUGGGCAAGUUGCUAUAUCUCUAGGAGAGGCAGGCCCUCCAGGAUUAGCAAAACCUCAGAUGUUAAAGCAUGCAGGAAAUAAAAGACAUGGUUCAAAUAGUUCCCUAACAAGCAGUUGUGCAAUGCUGCUCUGAAUGGAAAUCCAACCUCACAGUUUCCCAUCUAGAAAGAAUUUUAAACUCUCUAUUCUGUCUUCCACAUACACGUUCCCUCCCACUGUUACAGCAUCUGAGAAUCUGCUUGAGCUCUGGAUCUUCAUCCAAUCUCCUGAUUAAGAUUUCAAACUGGCCAGGUGCAGUGGCUCACACCUGUAAUCCCAGCACUUUGGGAGGCUGAGGCAUGUGGAUUGCUCGAGGCCAGGAGUUUGAGACCAGCCUGGACAACAUGGCGAAACCCCGUCUCUCCGAAACAUACACAGAUUAGCUGGGUGUGGUGGCGGCGAGUGCCUGCAGUCCCAGCUACUUGGGAGGCUGAGGUGGGAGGAUCUCUGGAACCCAGGAGGCGGAGGUUGCAGUGAGUUGAGAUUGCACCACUGCACUCCAGCCUGGGAAACAGAGCAAGACCCUGUCUUAAAAAAAAAAAAAUUCAGACUGGGCCUCACAGUAGGACACUAGGUCGGUGUCAGCCCACAGUCCUACUAGAAUGCUGUCCUGCGAUCAGGCCUUUUUGGGUCUGGCUAUGCUGUCAGCUGAGAUUCUGCCCAGGAUCCUGUCACUCACAUGUUGUCCCAGCUUGUUCUCAAUGUGGCAGCCCCAAUUGACAGCCAAAGUUCUUCCCUAAUUGCCUACUUUACAGGAAUCCUGUCCAAAAAUGGAAACACGGGCAUUCAGCAGCCCUUGCUCUCCCUCAGCCCCUCCCCUGACAGCCACUGAUCUGUUCUUCAUCCCUACACUUUUGAUUUUUUCCAGAGUGUCAUAUAAAUGGAAUCAUGCAAUAUUUAGCCUUUUGAUUCUGGCUUUCUUUAGUCAGCAUAAUGCCUCUGAGAUUCAUUCACUUUGUCGCAUGUGUUAAUAUUUAGUUGCUUUUCGUUGCUGAGUAAUAUACCACUGUAUGGAUGGAUCACGCUGUGUUUAUCCCUUCCCCUGUUAAAGGCUGGUAGAGUCGCUUCCAGUUUGGGGGCGAUUAUGA